AAAUUACCUCCUGCCGGCUCCGCUUCCACCCCUCCAGUUCCCUGUUCCCGGUAGGAGAGUGCUGAGGGCGGAGGAACACACACGGAAGCAUCACUCCAGACCCCAAACCUCCAGAUUUCAGUGGGUCUGCCUCCCACCCAGGGCCUGAGGCCCAGCCAGCAUCAAUGGAGGACAAGAAGAAGAAAAGGAGUCCCAAACCCUGCCUGGCCCAGCCGGCUGCAGCCCCAGGAACACUCCGCAGGGUCCCUGUGCCCACCAGCCACAGUGGCUCCUUGGCCCUGGGCCUCCCUCAUCUGCCGUCCCCCAAACAGAGGGCCAAGUUCAAGAGGGUAGGCAAGGAGAAAUGCCGCCCGGUGCUGGCCGGAGGUGGGGUUGGCUCUGCAGGCACCCCCCUGCAGCACUCGUUCCUGACUGAGGUGACCGAUGUUUAUGAGAUGGAGGGAGGACUGUUGAACCUGCUCAAUGAUUUCCACUCAGGCCGGCUACAGGCCUUCGGGAAGGAAUGCUCCUUCGAGCAGUUGGAGCACGUGCGGGAGAUGCAGGAGAAGCUGGCCCGGCUGCACUUCAGCCUGGACGUGUGUGGGGAGGAGGAGGAAGAGGAGGAAGAAGAGGACGGGGUCACUGAGGGGCUGCCUGAAGAGCAGAAGAAGACCACGGCUGACCGCAACCUGGACCAGCUGCUUAGCAAUCUGGAAGAUCUUAGUAAUUCCAUACAGAAGCUGCACCUGGCCGAGAAUGCGGAGCCUGAGGAGCAGGCAGCGGUGUAGGUGUCGGACCGACGCCCGGACUGCCCCCGCUCAUUCCCUUCAAACUGUGACUUUUUACAGACUCGACUGCGUAUUCUGUGGCCCCCCAGGUGCUAUGGGGAGGGGGGAUUACAUGGAAUUAAACCAGAAUGAACG